CCAGGUUUGGUGGAUUGGCAUUAUAGUUUGCCAUAUCUGCUAAAUGACAAACAGAGCCAAGAACGACUUUGGGAACAAAAAAAGAAACUUGUAAACUAGUCCAUUCUGCUGAAGGGAAAGAAGAUCAGCAAUCAUAGUCUUCUCCUUCCAUUGGUGUGCUUUCCGUGUUGCAAACUCGUUGGACUAAUCUGUUGCAGUUGCCUAAAAACAAAACUCUACAAAAACCAAGUUUUCUAGCUUUUAUAGCUGCAUCCACCAGAGCUUCCUGAGCUGCUCCAUAGGCACUGCCUGCUGCACUGCUAGCAACUCCAGAAAACAUAAUCUCUCCCUCUCUUUGGUUAAGAAUCAGUUAAUCCAAGGUUGUUAAGGAAUCCUCGUAUGUGUUUUCUCUUCAACUCAAAACCUCUGUCCCAGAAUCUCUCUCCACUCUUUUUUGUGAUCUAGAGAAUUAUUGAUUUUUCACUACAAAGUGGGAAAAAUGUCACGAUACUUAAUUGAGCUCUAUCAAAACAAUAUGAAGACUAGUGGUGAAGAUAUACUAAGUGCAAUAAUCCCUUUGAUGAAACUUCUUUCCCUUACGGUUAUAGGUCUGGUUCUUGCACACCCCAAAACCAAAAUAAUCCCGAAAGCGACAUUUAAGCUUCUCAGCAAGCUUGUUUUUGCUCUCUUCUUGCCCUGCCUAAUAUUUACUGAACUGGGUGAAAGCAUUACAGUUGAGAACUUUGCUGAUUGGUGGUUUAUUCCAAUUAAUGUUGUAAUCAGUACAGCUAUUGGUUGCCUCCUUGGGUACAUAGUCGUGCUUAUUUGCCGCCCACCUCCACAGUUUAAAAGAUUUACCAUUAUCAUGACUGCAUUUGGUAAUACUGGAAAUAUCCCUCUUGCACUUGUCGGAUCUGUCUGCCAUACUAAAGAUAAUCCAUUUGGACCCAAUUGUCAUUCAAGAGGGGUGGCUUAUGUCUCUUUUUCUUCAUGGGUUUCUGUGAUUCUUGUUUAUACCCUUGUGUAUCACAUGAUGGAGCCUCCAAUGGAGUACUAUGAGAUUGUUGAAGAAGGGGCUGAGAUUGAGAUUGAGGAACAAGAAGCAGUCAAUGAUGUCAGUAGGCCUCUCCUUGUUGAAGCUGAAUGGCCGGGUAUGGAAGAUAAAGAAACUGAGCAUUCAAAGCAACCCUCUAUUGCUAGAAUUUUCCAAAGCAUAUCAAAUGUUUCUCAGUCGUCUGUUCCUGACCUUGAGGUUACAGGAGAAGGAGCUUCGAACAGUCCCAGGUCCAUUAGGUGUUUGGCUGAGCCUAGAGUGGUCAGGAGGAUCAGAACUGUUGCUGUACAAACUCCAAUACAGCACAUACUUCAACCCCCAACUAUUGCUUCUCUUUUAGCUAUCAUCAUUGGGAUGGUGCCUCAGAUCAAGGCUUUUUUCUUUGGAUAUGACGCUCCACUAUCUUUUCUCACUGACAGUUUAGAGAUUUUAGGCGGUGCAAUGGUGCCUUCUGUGAUGCUUGUUCUUGGGGGUAUGCUUGCUGAGGGGCCAAUUGAUUCAAAACUUGGUCUUCGAACUACAAUUGGUAUAAGUGUGGCAAGGCUCUUGGUGCUUCCUCUUCUUGGAAUUGGUAUUGUUGCAUUGUCUGAUAAGCUGAAUUUUUUGGUCAGCGGUGAUGAAAUGUACAGAUUUGUGCUUUUGUUGCAAUACACAACACCGAGUGCCAUUUUAUUGGGAGCAAUUGCCAGCUUGAGGGGAUAUGCAGUUAGUGAAGCUUCAGCACUGCUCUUCUGGCAGCAUGUGUUUGCCCUGUUCUCCCUUUCCUUGUAUAUCGUUAUCUACUUCAAAAUAAUCUCAUAUGUUUGAGGUUUGCAUCAUAUUUUACUGUCAUAAAGGCCCUCAGUCUAUAGGUUAGUGUUUAAAUGCCAUCAGAUUACUGCAGUCUCUCUGUCCAUUAUAUCAUAAUUGUUUAAGCAAGGUUUACUUGCUUUUGCUGCUGUGUUCUCUAGUGGGUACUGGUGAUGGAAGUGAAUGAUGCUUCUCCCCUGUAAAUUGAUGGUUCCUUUAUGAAACUUGAGUCGGUUCUUGUCUGUAAAAGCUUUGUAGCAAUUGUAUAUAGCUUUGAUUAGAAAUUGUAUAUAGCUCUGACAUUUUUUGUUAAAUUAUAUCAAUGCCUUGUUUUCACCUGAAAA